AAAUUGUAGAGUUGUUAUUCAACUCCAGUCCACUAGAUGCUCAACACCUCGCUACACCGAACUAUCCCAUCCUAUGAAGGACAUACAGGAACAGUGCUGGCAUCUUUUCAUCACAACAUCAACACAGAUCUCUGCCACAUAAAGCAUCAUGGCAUGCGAUGAUCACAUAAACUCGUGUGUGAAGCUUCUACUACUGUUGGUUGUGUUGUGCGCGGCGCGCGCUUCCGCUGAAAGGACCAAAACACUCGACUUCGACGUCAAACCUGGGGGAGUUGUGCAGACUUUCUCAGCUAAACUGAAAAAGUAUAAAUGCACCUUCACAUAUGCGUCUCAAGGAGGAACCAACGAGCAAUGGCAAAUGAGCGUCGGACUGAGUGACGACGAACAGAUGUUUUCCUGUUCAGUGUGGAGGCCUCAAGGAAAGUCCUACUUGUUUUUUACCCAGUUCAAAGCCGAGAUAAAAGGAGCGAAGAUUGAGUACGCCACCGCAUAUUCCCAGACGGCCGUGGGUGGACAGAAGGAUGUUGCUUUGAAAGAAGAAGAGUACAUUGUGUCAGAGUCUGCAGUGACCCACAGAGACGGGAAGUUUCGCUCCGAGCUUUCCAAGCUCCUCGUCAUUGCUCGGACACGCCACGAUGAGCUCUGAUUGGCCGAUCCGAAAGAGGAUUGUCAUAUUGCGCGAGGACGUUGGUUAUUUGACACAGGAACUUCCUAUGAUAGGAAAUAUUACAUAUUUUCUAUAGCGGCAGCGUUACGCCAAUGGCCAUGAACUGGACUGAUCAUCCAAUGAAGUAGACGACAAAUUUCAAAGGGGAAUAAAAAUUAUCAAAUGUUUGUGAUGUGUUAUGAAGGCUUCAUCAAAUUCGUUUCUGAUUUCUAUGCUUGGCAACGUUUAUGGGUUUAGGGUUUCAGCCUUGAUACCUGCAAAUGUGAUUAUCAAGAGUGUGUUUAUGCUCUUACUGUACUUACUGUCUUAAGCGGGCGCUUGUAGAGUAUUCCCACGGCAGUCUUUGGGGUAUGUCCGAGUCCUUUGAUUAUUUCUGUGGUGGAGGAAAAAACAGGGAAACAGUUACACUUCCGAUCGUGCUUUAUUCUGAUAGCCGAUGUCCUGGAAAUUUUUAAUAAAUCUGUUAUCAGAA